UCAGGGUCUGAUGCGAUUCCGUGAGGACAGCCCGCUUCUGGAACCGAUUCUCAAUCAGUUCAGAACUCCUUCAGCAUUGACCAGCUUUCAGAUGUGCUGACUGGAAGAACGCCAAGGAUCCUGUCAGACAGCCAGGAGUAACAACUCUUACCACGAUGGACAAUGAAGUCCACAGUCUCUUUGACAAGUUCCUGCAAGGAAAGACAUGUAAAGAGACGUUGAGCCUAUUCCACGAGCUCUGCGAUCUCCUGCACCUGGAUCCUACCGACUAUCGCAGUUUCUACCAGAAGCUAAAAGGCAGCCUCAAUUACUGGAAGGCCAAGGCUCUGUGGGUUAAGCUCGAUAAGCGAGCAUCGCAUCCAAAUUAUGAACAAGGCCAGGCUUGUGCUAAUACAAAGUCUCUGGUCCUGGGUGCUGGCCCCUGCGGCCUCCGCACUGCCAUCGAACUCGCCUUUCUCGGUGCCAAAGUCAUUGUUGUGGAGAAGAGAGAGAGCUUUUCACGGAACAAUGUUCUCCACCUCUGGCCGUUCACCAUCCAUGACCUGCGAGCUCUUGGAGCCAAGAAAUUCUAUGGAAAAUUCUGUUCCGGUUCCCUCGACCACAUCAGCAUCCGGCAAUUGCAGCUAAUUCUGCUGAAGGUGGCCCUCAUCCUGGGUGUGGAAGUUCAUGUCAAUGUGGAAUACAAAGGAUUCAUAAAGCCUCUGAAAGAUCAGAAAGAGAAAGCGAUUGGGUGGCGAGCUGAUCUUUUGCCAACUGGCCAUCCAGUGACUAAGUAUGAGUUUGAUGUCUUUGUCUCAGCUGGUGGAGGCAAAUACGUCCCUGAAGGGUUCAAGAAGAAGGAAAUGCGAGGGAAACUGGCGAUUGGGAUCACAGCUAACUUUGUCAACCACAACACCACAGCAGAGGCCAAGGUGGAGGAAAUCAGUGGAGUCGCUUAUCUCUACAACCAGAAAUUCUUCCAGCAGCUUCGCAAGGACACAGGGAUUGACUUGGAAAACAUCGUUUACUACAAGGAUGACACUCAUUACUUUGUGAUGACUGCAAGGAAACAGAGUCUGCUGAAGUACGGAGUCAUUGAUCAAGCAAUGAAUUUAUGGCGGUUGCAAAGCAGCCCUUAA